CGAAUCCAGGCAAGUCUCUCACACUCGGGCGUGCAAGCUGUUGUUCAGGCUUAUCAAGGACUUCUGGCGGCGGAAACACCGCAAGGACGCGUCCUCGUACCUCACAACCUCUGUACGCGUCAAGGAUGUCCAAACGCACGCGACCCUCACUGCAGCCCGCGCAGCCGCCCAUGCCGGCGGCGACCACAACUCCCCGCGCGCACGGUGGUGGCGGGCCAUCCAGUUUGCAACUGAGCUCCAGGACGGGAACAAUAUGUUGACUGAGAACGGGGUCGAUAAGCGCGACGCGGUGUCCUCCAAGUUUUUGGAGACACAGCAUUGGCUGGAGCUGGUGGAUGGAAAACACCGGUAUGGGUCUAAUCAGUGGUAUCACCGUCGGUGGCAGACAGAGGACACGGACCAGAACUUCUUCAGGUGGCUAGAUAAGGGUGAUGGAAAGGACUUGUCUCUCGAAGAAUGUUCUCGUGAUCAGCUGGAAAAAGAGGCGGGUUCAUCGCUAUUGACUACUUCGACCCUCCCACUGACGACGUUUUGAGUAGAGGAUCAUAUAUCUUUCCGCAGAGCAAAGAUUGAACUAUCUGGUUGAAAUUGAUGCAGAGGGACGGCUCAGAUGGGCGAAGAGCCAUGACCUGGUCGACACGACACCAGGGCGAUGGGUGGACUCCGAAAACGGACAGGGAAUCAUUCCGGACCGGACAUCUAUGCGACAGGCGUUGACGCGCGGGCCUUCAUCGUCUGAUUCUUCUGUGGACGAUGGCGGAUCUCACACGGAGGCAUUGGACGCGGCGGCCACGCAUUACGCUGGGCCACAAAAAGGUAAAUACCGCAUCACGAGGGAGUUCAGGAAGCGAUUCACCCUGCGUGGGGUUGUGGACCGUUUGUUGCGCAAGACGGUCCGCAAGAAUACGUGGAUAUAUGUCUCGGACAAACAUUUCAAUAUAUUCAUUGGAAUCAAGAAGACAGGAACUUUUCAACAUUCGUCUUUGCUGGGCGGAGGUGUGGUGACCAGCGCGGGCUUGAUCACGGUCAAGCAAGGCAUCGUUUACAAACUGUCGCCGCUGUCAGGCCAUUACCGCACGUCAAUCUCACAUUUCGAGCAUUUUGUUGAUGUGCUCCGGGAACGAGGCGUGGACAUGCACAAGGCCAGAAUCAGUCGAGCAGUGAUCGCGCUAUGGGGGAUCGAGCGUAUCAAAAAAGCUCAAAAAAAGAAGGCCCGAGUGAUCGAGGCUGGCAAAGAAAAUCUGAGUACGGCGGUAGAGAAGAUCACUGAGCCAUCGUCUUGGAAAAGAGAUGUAUUAGAGGGACGCCGUCGCUCGUGAUUGGGGAGCCAGGGUUUCCUUCAAGCAAGAGUACUAGUUAUACCAAUUUAUGCACGCGUCCAGCGGCUCUCAAUUGCGGACACGCCUACUGGUAAAGCAGCCUACGACGGCUUUAACACAAGAUUAAAAAACUGUUGGGAUCGCAAACCUUCUCGUCAUAGUCCACCCAU